AUGUCCGUUGUGCUCAACCCGCCCGAGCUGGACUUCAAGCGGCCUUUCGACCGCGAAGUUUGCCAGGUCUUGCACCUGAACAACCAGAACCAGGAGGCCAUUGUCUUCAAGGUCAAAACCACCGCUCCUAAACAUUACUGCGUUCGACCCAACUCCGGAAGAAUAGAGCCUGGCAAGCAUGUGGAUGUCCAAGUGUUGCUGCAGGCUAUGAAGGAUGUACCUGCCGAUGAUGCCAAGUGCAAGGACAAGUUCCUGGUUCAGACUGUCGCAGUCACCCGCGAUAUGGAGUUCGCAAAUGUCACCUCAAUUUUCGAGAAGGCAUCCAAAUCCUCAAUCCAAGAGCGCAAGAUCCGUGUGAACUGGUUGGCCGCAGGGGCUGAAGAAGGCGCUGAGACCAAUGGCGUUGAUGCUCAUGAAGACGAACCUCCUGCGUAUACCUCUCCCAGUACCUUCGAAACCCCCGCAGUUGGUCUCUCCAAGAAAGCCGCCGAGGACACGUCACCUAUCCCACCGCCAGACUUCAGCGAGAAACAAAGGCGGGAAACUUUGACCCCACAGUCAAAUGAGGCUUCGACGUUCGCCAGUACACCCAGCGAUGAUCUCAAGGCGCAGCUCUCUGAAGCCAACUCCCAGAUCCAGAAACUGCAAGAGAAACUUGCCGAGGGCUUGAGACAGAGGAAGACCGGCGGCGACACCGCUAAGGUGCCCACUCCUCCAUUGGCGCAGCAGCAACAUACUCAGUCCUCCGAGUCUGGUGUGCCAGUCCAGGUUGUCGCUGGGUUGUGCCUGCUAAGUUUCUUGAUCGCCUACUUUUUCUUCUAG